UCUUUCUUGGCACAAGCUCACCCGAAUCAUCCAACUCUGUCAAAUCUCCAAGUAGUUGGUGAUUGUGAGUCCCCUUUACAUUACUUCGUACCAUAAGGCUAUACUUCCCCCCCUCCCACUACUACCACACCCACUUCCAUGUCAGACGACGGUGUCAACUCUUCACCCAGCUCUUCUUCAGAUCCCUCCCUCAACAUCAACAUGCGCCUGUCUAACAAUCUUCCCGACAAUCAGAACGCCCGAAGUAAAACCAUCACCAUCGCCGAGGGACCCGACACGUAUGGAGCUCUUAAUUGUCAUCCGUCAUCUGUACCUGCCAACCCUAUUUCACCUUCAGAACCAAACGUCUUCUUCCGAAUCGGUGUGAGUGAAGAUCGUAACAAACGAUGCAGGAAAACCAUGGAAGACGCGCACAGUUUUGUCUAUGAUUUCGCUGGUAUUCGAGGUCAAGGUUAUUUUGCAGUCUUCGACGGUCAUGCCGGGAAACACGCGGCAGAAUGGUGCGGUCAGAAUUUUCACGAGUACUUCCUUGACGCACUCAUAUCACAACCUGCCAUGCCAGUACCAGACCUUCUCAACAAAACCUUCCACGUAGUUGACCUCCGACUCACACACUUAGCGCAUGCGGCACGCACGUCAUCAGGUUGCACAGCAGUCACUGCCUUUCUCCGGGCGGAACAUGUGGACGCCGAGAAAGAGCCAAAGGGAUUCUUGAACCCAUCUUUCAGCCCUCGUGGACUGAUGGAGGGGAUGGGGGAGGACAAAUUGGAGGCUCAGACUGCUUACACGCCAUCCCGGCGUAAUUCAUUGGCUGGGGGAACCAACGGAAGCAUCGGAGGUGCUUCCAGUGUGACGGACUCGUCUUUGGGAAGAAAGACUUCGGGUAGACGGAUCAGAGAUUUCGUACGAGGUCUGACAGGGGCGGACAAGAAGGAUGAAGAGGAUGAUAUUCCUAUCACGCCGUCUGCCGCGGACGGGUCAAGGAUUGAGGCGAUCGAACCGCAGAGUGAGAAAGGCUUGAAGUGGGUGUUGUACACUGCCAACGUGGGAGAUGCUAGAGCGGUUUUAUGCCGAGAUGGCAAAGCAGUGAGACUGACUUACGAUCAUAAAGGGAGCGACACGCAGGAGGCUAAGAGAAUAAUGGAUGCGGGUGGUUUUGUCAUGAAUAACCGGGUGAAUGGCGUCCUAGCUGUGACUCGAUCGCUCGGUGACGCAUCUAUGAAGGAAUUUGUCGUUGGCUCGCCUUACACAACCGAAACUGUCCUGGAUGAGAUGGACGAGUUCCUCAUUGUCGCAUGUGACGGGCUGUGGGAUGUUUGUCAAGAUCAAGAGGCUGUCAACUUAAUAAGAAACGUCCACGAUCCGCAAGCGGCAAGCAAAAUACUUCUCGACCACGCCAUUACCAACUAUUCCACCGACAAUCUGAGCGUCAUGGUUAUACGCUUUUAUCGACAAUAGGCGUCGAUCGUACUUGUAAUGACAUUGAACACACCCAAUAUCCAUCUCACCGUGAGUAGAGGGGGGGAGAUAUAUGAAUCACGAGCGCUGGUGAGAUGAUUUAGGCAAUGAUAACAGAUUGAUAUAUGUAUCACGCAUCACUUCG